AAAUGUGUCUUCUAACUAUGUCAAAAGUAUAUUCAUGCGUCACAGGAUAUUUUUGGCAUUUUUGUCACUUUCUGAAUGUCAUGAAAUUUCCCACCACAUUAAUAGAAUUUCGUGGUUGAAAUGACAUUUUUAAAUCUUUGAAAUAAAAUGGCUGACUCCUUUGCUAAGGCUAAUUUCAUUGCUAACAUUUUAUGUAUCCUUAAUAUACAAAAUUUUCAUACUUCUUGCAUAAUUUGCCAAAUUCCAUCUUUAUUUGAAAUUACGCUCAAUUAAAGCUCACAAGUGAUAUUUACCUUGAUUUUACUUUGUUUUCUUCAAGCUUGUCCCAUAUUUCGUCUCAAGCAUUCUCCACUUACACCACACUUACGUUUGGGGAGACAAAAACAUUAUUAGGGGCAAAAUUGUGUGGUGUGGUGGAAAUGACGCCACAACUUUGAAAAAUAUAUAGAUAUUAUACGUAAUUGUAAUUGUUUAUGUCUUGUGGCUAUACUUUUGAAACAGUGAGUAUUUUAACAUUUACAGAUUGGCCCCAUUCACUUCUACUGUAAGUGCCUCAUUGGAACCCAGAUAUAUGCUUUUUUAAAGAAAAAGAGGGACGAGUCAAAAUACAUUUUUGUAGUAAUCAAUAUUAUGACACAUGCUGUCAAUUGAGCUUAACUUGUAUCGAACACGGAAUAUUCCUUUAAUGUGACCUUCAUAUGCGCCUUCAAAAUAGUUCAAAUUCCAGUAGUUAUGAACUAACAAUGAACAAUUGUAUUUUUAUUAACUAACUAACUAACUAUAUAUAGUGUUACCAUAUUGGUUAGUUUUAAUAAUAAUCAACUCCUGGCACAUAAAAGUGCCCAAAGUUGAAGAAACACCGACAUAUAAGAAAUAUGAACUAGAUUCCUGAAAGCCAGUUGUCUUGGUGAUGAUGCACUACUCAAGCAUAAUAUGGUGAUGUAAAAGGGUUUCGGUCAGUGAACACAAGGCGGGUUCCGUUAUGAAUUAAUCAUGCAAAUCGGUAAAGCAACAGAGAACACGAUUCCGGGGCGACAACUGCGCCCAAAUAUCCAAUCAAUAUGGGCGGUCCGACACACCCAAAACGGGGCAAGUUUGUCAACAGUUCUAACUUGAGUAUAUAAAAACCAGUAGGUUUAAGUCAAAAUAAUGUUAGUUCAUUAAAUCACUGUCGUUCCAGAUAGGACGCUUUUUGUCUCAGGUGGAGGCGCACACAUUGCUGUUUUGUAAUACAUCUGCUCUACUUCCGGAAGUAGUGACGAGAUUUUUCCACUCGCGAGCGUUGACAGCAGGUGUGGAAUUUAUGGCAAAAAUCUUGUCGAGCUUGAAAUGUGAAUCUGUGACUACAAUAACUACAUCUCACCCUCUGUCGACAGAAGGAUAUUGUGACUUGGCAGUAGGAAGAUACUGAUACUUGUUUGGGAAUAUCUGCAUUUCUUGCUGUGUUUUUAAUUGGGAAAUUGUUGUUUUAGGUAUGUCUCGAGGUUCAGGAAUUAUUCCAGAGGAGUCCAUGUUUAAUGAGUUCAAAAGACAAUGUCUUUCUACGGAGAACUGGCUCAGCAAGUAUGAUAAAAAUGGCAUGGAGGUCUGGGUCGAGGUGGCCCCUUUAUCCUUCUCUCAAGGAAAUAAAGGCAGCUAUUCCAAAGUGCACAAAAUCAAGUGUAGAAUGACCAUAAAUGAUGUGUCGGCUGGCACUAUGUAUGAUGUGCUUCACGACGGCCAGUAUCGGAAGACAUGGGACCCUACAAUGCUUGAGAGCUUUGACAUCGCCCGUUUGGCACCCAAUGCAGAUGUGGGCUACUAUUCAUGGCUUUGUCCAAAACCACUGAAGAACAGGGAUGUGGUGACCCUGCGUACAUGGCAGGCAUCUGAGGACGAGUAUGUGAUCAUUAACUUCUCUGUGAAGCAUCCGAAAUAUCCUCCACGUAAGGAUUUGGUAAGGGCAGUUUCCCUUCUGACGGGUUACCUCAUCAAACCGACUGGGCCAAACAGCUGCAGAUUCACAUACCUCUCGCAAGCUGAUCCCAAAGGGUCUCUUCCGAAAUGGGUUGUCAACAAAGCAUCUCAGGUCCUGGCUCCAAAAGUCUUAAGAAGUGUUCAUAUGGCAGGUCAAAAAUACCCUGCAUGGAAGGCAGCACAUUCUCCUGACCACAAGCCAUGGCUGUACCCCAUACAGAGUGAACUGCCCAUGAUGGAUCCAGCAGAGCUGUCCAUCCAGCGAGGAGACUCUCUGGAGAACGUAGAUGAGAGCUCAACCAAAGAUGCCCAACAGAAUGAAGACAGCAGCUAAAAUGACUCCAAACAAGAAGUAAAUGAACAGUUGUUUUUUUUUAAACUCCUGUCCUGAUCUUGUCCCAGUCACAGGGUCAAUCCAGAUACAUCUCACCCCACAACACUUUGUGUUGUUGACACCAAACAUUCCUCACUCUCGCACACAGAGAAAUUGUUUACAGACAUUGUGCUUUGCACUGUAGUUUUCUCACUUUGGUACCUGUGACUGAGUAAUAGGAAUAUAAAUUUUAUGUUUACCACAUAAUUUGGCACUUCAAUAUAAUUGACAGGCAAUAUAAUUCAUUACCUAAAGUGUCAUCUUUUUUUUUUUUUAUGGCAGCACACACAACGUAAUGGUGCUUUUUCAAACAAUAGAAAAUACUAUGCAGUUCUGCUCCUUGAUUUUGCUUGUUUUGUAAUUUAUUAUUAAAUUAAGCUACAUCUAAAUUACAUUAUGUAAAUGCAGUUGAAUAGGAUUUGUAGUUUUAAUUGUCAUCUUAAUAUAUCUCCAUAGUAGGGGAGAGGUUACUUGCAAUGUCAUCCUUAUGUUUGUGUAUUUGUUUGAAUGCCUUUUUCAAGAAGUGUGUCCGUAUUGGCAUGUGUGUAAGAAUUAAUGACUGACACCAAGCAACCAGAGGAAAAAACUUGUAAUAUGACCAAAGCAGUGGUAUUACCUUUUUACUUGAGUUGCCUGCAACAGGCAGAGGAAAACGCAAGGAAAAGAUAAUGAUGGAGCUGUUCUGUACACUUAAAUUAUGUACAAUGUGUUUGACCCUUGAACAAGAAAGAAAACAACAUAUUAAUGUUAACAGUGGUGUUUAAUUUCAUGCUGUGUUUUCCAAAAAUCCGUUCUCACCAAGCAAUUGUCCGUACAAUAAGUUGGAAUUUGCCUGUAUUUCUA